AUGUAUUCAAUGACAUAUAAAUCAAGAAAAUAUUCACAAAAUAAUAAACAAGAUGUAAAAUCAUGUAAUCAAUUGAAUAAAUUAAGAAAAACUUAUUCAACCCUUGUUCUAACAGACAAUCAUGAUAAUAAUCAUGUUGAUCCGAUGAAACAUUCAAAAAACCACACAACAUCUUCCACAUAUGAUGAUGAUGACGAUGAUGACGACUGCACUUCUAAGCCAAUCAUCAAUACAAAACAACGCAGGAAAUAUAGUUUCUCUCAAUUGUUAUUACGUAAGGCGGCAAAUAUUUCGAAAAAAUUCAAAUAUUACAUCAUACAUAGUGUUGCAUUAUUUAACGAAGAUCUAUAUGGUUUAUCAUGGUCUGAAGCUCAUGGGAUAUUACAGUCAACUUAUGGAAUAUCGGUUGAAACGAAUGCAAUGAAUAAUGAGAAGAUUGGGCGGUCAAUGGAUUGUAGGCAACCAAGACAUUUUAGUACAUCUGUCAUACCUGAUGUUUGUCAUAUUACUGAUGUUGCUCAAAGUAACACCAGUAGUGGUAGCAGUAGUAGUAAUACUGAAACUACAAUUCUGCGUAAAACUUCAGAUAUACAUCCAUUACAAAGACAUUCACGACUUUAUCAUUUAGAUAAACCAUACUAUAUUCAAUGUAAAAAAUCAGUUGAAAGAAAUUUAACAUUGAUCAAUACAACCAAUACUACAAAUAACUAA